AGCCCUCAGCCUUUUAAAGCCCAUUUCAGAAGGGAGUAACAGGACAGACAGAGAAAGAGAGAGAGAGCAAGACGGGACAGAAGUUGUGCAGAUCUGGGAGUGUGUGUGCAUGUGUGUGGAUUGCCAGCAGCUGGAAAUCAGUAGCACAGCAGAAUACCCAAUAUGGCAGAAAGCACAGACAUGGACGAGCUUCUGAGCUCCUUUAAGAAGUUUGCUGUUCAUGGUGACACCAAAGCCACUGGGAAGGAGAUGAAUGGAAAAAACUGGGCUAAGCUGUGCAAAGACUGCAAAGUCACUGAUGGCAAGAAUGUCACCAGCACUGAUGUAGAUAUUGUCUUCACUAAAGUCAAAGCAAAGACAUCUCGGGUUAUAACAUAUGAGGAGUUCCAGAAAGCUCUAGAAGAAUUGGCCCCAAAGAGGUUCAAAGGUCAAAGCAAAGAGGAGGCAUUGCAGUCUAUAUAUAAGCUAAUUGAGGGCAAAGAACCUACCAACGUUGGUGUAACGAAAGUGGCAAAAACUGCUGCAGUGGACAGAUUAACCGACACAACUAAAUAUACAGGCUCACACAAGGAGCGCUUUGAUGAGAGUGGGAAAGGCAGAGGAAAAGGUGGGCGGGAGGAGAUUGUGGAGCACACGGGCUACGUAGGGGCCUACAAGAACGCUGGGACUUACGACGAGAAGACGAAGGCCAAGUAAGGCCCCACUGUUUCCAUGUCAACGUGUUCAAAGCUCUGAGCUCCAUCUUCAUCAGCACUUAGGUCUGGACCAAAGCCAAACUUGAACUUUGACCUGUAAAAUCACACAGCCACUAUGCAGUGUAACACAGGAAGUGUUGUAAAUGUUUGUCUUUAAGGAUAAAGAACAUAGUAUUACAGUCAGUUUUCGUUAGAAAGUUGACAGAAGGGUAAGAGAGGAACUGGUCUCACUCCUUUCAUACAGUUACCAGCCCCUGCUGUAGGAUUUCAGGUGGAAAAAAUCAGAGCAAGCAUAAAGACAGCUCUGCUGGAGGGGAAAAGAUAGUGUAUUUGUUUCAGUUUUUAUGUUGCUGUUUAAUAGCUACAAGGAAAGUGCAUCUGAACAUCACUAUACUUUAGAGAGGGAGAAGUGAACACAGGAAGCUCUUUAAGAGAUUUUCUUUCUUCUAACAUGUGUAUAGACCUUAGUUAGUGCCACAUUAAAUUUUUGACAGGAAUGAAAACGAGGCUGUGAGGGACAGAAUACAGAGCGUUCAAUGUUGUUUAACAUACCGAUUGUUCAGCUGAUGAAACAUUUUUACAAAAAAAAAAAAAAAAAUGCAGUAGACAAAACCCGUUUUAAAAAUUGUGAGU